AUGCAGCAAGGGGCGCGCCCGCCGGGCGGCAAAGCAGCGGCGUCACAUCGCAGCGAUACUAAGCGCAAGGCGCCGCGCAACCAGCCCACUUCCUUCUAUAAGGGACUCGCGUGGGACAAGCACGAGGGCUGUUGGCGCGUCCGAGUCAGCCUGUCUGGCAAGCAGCACCACCUCGGCAGGCAUGCCAACGAAGACCACGCUGCGCAGGUGUAUGACUGCGCCGCCCUCCUGCUAUUUGGCGAGGCCGCUGCCUUCAACUUCUCCUACCAGCGCGCGGUGGAGGCCCUCGCAUACAUCGACCAGCUCCCCUUCAUGGCUAACAUCCGGCGCCUCGCGCCCAUCAGCGAGCACAAUCCGCCGCCGCCCGGCGGCGCUGCGGCCGGCGCUGGGCCUGCGAGCGGGGCUGGGCCCGCGGCCGGCGCCGGGGCGGUGCGGCGCUUCUCGCCUGGGGUGGUAGUGAAGCAAGAGGCGGGAGCGGUAGACGCUGCGCUUGACCCCGCGGCGCCCUGCGCCAAGAGGGCGCGGACAGCUCCGCCGGCGGCCUGCGCGGUGCGCGUUGGCACAGCCCCCGCAGCCGUCACGCACAGUUCUGCAGCCGUGGGGAUGGCCCUGCCAACCAGCUGCGGCGCCCCCAGCGGCAUCCCCAUGAGUGGCGGGAGCGGCAUGAUCGGCUUCAGGCUACUGGCCGGAUGCCACUCGCUACCCGCAUGGGACGCGGCGCCAGUCGGAGGCAGCAACACUUGCGCCACCUUGGGCGCAGCCCAGCCCGCCGCCGGUCGCGCUGUGCGCCGCACAGCGGCGCUGCGGACAGCGGGGUGCGUCAAGGGCGCCGAAAGCGCCGCCACUGUCGCAGCGCCAGCCAUGCCACAGCCGCACCCAGAGCUGCAGCCCAACAACGGUGAUGGUCAGAGCGCGGACAGCAGCGACAGCACUGCCUGUUGGUCGGCCACGGGGGCUGUCGCCUCAGACGGCUCGGGAGGGUGGCCCGCGGCGGCGCAGCAGGCGCCGCAGGCGCAGGCUGCGUCCGCCCCUGCGCUGCCAGCCAGGGCGCUCGCGCCGCCGCCUCUCUUUGUCCAAGUGGUGGAGCCUGCAGGCAGCCAGCCGCGACAGCUGCCACAACCGGCCCCCCUGCCGCAGCCGCAGCAGCCGCAGCAGCAGAAUCGGCCCGUAUCUGCACGCGCCCUGCUGCCGCUGCCGUCCCCGCUGGGGCUGCCGCCGCUCCUGCCCACCCCGCGCCUGCUGGCCACGCUCGGCGCGGGCAGCGCCUCGCCGUGGGACCCGUGCGGCGCGGCGGACGGGUGCCUGUCCGGCUGCCCAGACCUCUGGCCGCAGCCGCUGGACGGGCUUGGGGCCCUGCCACCAGGCGGCGCGGGCGUGGGCGCCAGCGACGGGUACCGCGGCUCCCCGGCGUCGCAUAUGGCGGUGGUGACCCAGUUUGACGAGUGGUGCGACGAGUUCUGA